UGCACAUUACUGAUGGUCACGCUCUCAGAACCUGGAUUACUGUUCACAGGCUCAGGACAAACUACUGCCUAAGUGGGCAAAAAAGCCAGACGAACAUUAGAAAGGCUUUCCGAUUUUUCUUUUCUUUUUUUUUUUUUUUUUUUUUUGUUCUGCCAACGCUGAUAUCAAGAUGGGGAAUAGGCAGUCUGUUACAAUAACGCAUGAAAAGGUGGACAGUGAUGGAAAACAAGUUAAAAAAGAUGAAGCAAAUGGGCAUGCGAUGUCUGGUUUGGAUUUGACUGAUGCUGUAACCUGUGAGGCAUCAGUGCAGCAGAACUCUGAACCUCCACCUGCGACUUUCACAAUUAAUGUCAAGCCUACAUCAGCGUCAUUAGAACCUAAUGGCACCCAAGCAAAAGCUCCAGCUGUGUCUGUGGAAGCAGAUGGUAACCAAGUCAGUGCUACAACUGUAUCAGCUGAACAAAAAGUUCCAGCAGAGUCCAGUACACCAGCCAAAGACGCACCUAAACAAGCUGAGACUCCCACCGUGUUCAGUAAGAUGUUCAAGAAGAAGACCAUGCUUGUUUUACCUGCAUCUGAGGCUAAUGUGGCAGCUGAAGUACAGAUCGUCCCUGCAGUAGAGACCGAGAGCCAGAAGUCUAAGCCAACACCAGCGUCAGUAGAAGUUAAUGGCACCCAAGCAAAAGCUCCAGCUGUGUCUGUGGAAGCAGAUGGUGUCCAAGUCAGUGCUACAACUGUAUCAGCUGAACAAAAAGUUCCAGCAGAGUCCAGCACACCAGCCAAAGACGCACCUAAACAAGCUGAGACUCCCACCGUGUUCAGUAAGAUGUUCAAGAAGAAGACCAUGCUUGUUUUACCUGCAUCUGAGGCUAAUGUGGCAGCUGAAGUACAGAUCGUCCCUGCAGUAGAGACCGAGAGCCAGAAGUCUAAGCCAGCACCAGCGUCAGUAGAAGCUAAUGGCACCCAAGCAAAAGCUCCAGCUGUGUCUGUGGAAGCAGAUGGUAUCCAAGUCAGUGCUACAACUGUAUCAGCUGAACAAAAACUUCCAGCAGAGUCCAGUACACCAGCCAAAGACACACCUAAACAAGCUGAGACUCCCACCGUGUUCAGUAAGAUGUUCAAGAAGAAGACCAUGCUUGUUUUACCUGCAUCUGAGGCUAAUGUGGCAGCUGAAGUACAGAUCGUCCCUGCAGUAGAGACCGAGAGCCAGAAGUCUAAGCCAUCAUCAGCGUCAGUAGAAGUUAAUGGCACCCAAGCAAAAGCUCCAUCUGUGUCUGUGGAAGCAGAUGGUGUCCAAGUCAGUGCUACAACUGUAUCAGCUGAACAAAAAGUUCCAGCAGAGUCCAGUACACCAGCCAAAGACGCACCUAAACAAGCUGAGACUCCCACCGUGUUCAGUAAGAUGUUCAAGAAGAAGACCAUGCUUGUUUUACCUGCAUCUGAGGCUAAUGUGGCAGCUGAAGUACAGAUCGUCCCUGCAGUAGAGACCGAGAGCCAGAAGUCUAAGCCAACAUCAGCGUCAGCAGAAGUUAAUGGCACCCAAGCAAAAGCUCCAGCUGUGUCUGUGGAAGCAGAUGGUAUCCAAGUCAGUGCUACAACUGUAUCAGCUGAACAAAAACUUCCAGCAGAGUCCAGUACACCAGCCAAAGACGCACCUAAACAAGCUGAGACUCCCACCGUGUUCAGUAAGAUGUUCAAGAAGAAGACCAUGCUUGUUUUACCUGCAUCUGAGGCUAAUGUGGCAGCUGAAGUACAGAUCGUCCCUGCAGUAGAGACCGAGAGCCAGAAGUCUAAGCCAGCACCAGCGUCAGUAGAAGCUAAUGGCACCCAAGCAAAAGCUCCAGCUGUGUCUGUGGAAGCAGAUGGUAUCCAAGUCAGUGCUACAACUGUAUCAGCUGAACAAAAAGUUCCAGCAGAGUCCAGUACACCAGCCAAAGACGCACCUAAACAAGCUGAGACUCCCACCGUGUUCAGUAAGAUGUUCAAGAAGAAGACCAUGCUUGUUUUACCUGCAUCUGAGGCUAAUGUGGCAGCUGAAGUACAGAUCGUCCCUGCAGUAGAGACCGAGAGCCAGAAGUCUAAGCCAUCAUCAGCGUCAGCAGAAGUUAAUGGCACCCAAGCAAAAGCUCCAGCUGUGUCUGUGGAAGCAGAUGGUAUCCAAGUCAGUGCUACAACUGUAUCAGCUGAACAAAAAGUUCCAGCAGAGUCCAGUACACCAGCCAAAGACGCACCUAAACAAGCUGAGACUCCCACCGUGUUCAGUAAGAUGUUCAAGAAGAAGACCAUGCUUGUUUUACCUGCAUCUGAGGCUAAUGUGGCAGCUGAAGUACAGAUCGUCCCUGCAGUAGAGACCGAGAGCCAGAAGUCUGACACAGAUACACAGGACAUAGAAGAAAACAUAGAAGAAGGUGAUGAUGUAUCUCUGCAGUUGUCGCUUGACCCUGAUUAUGAAAUUAUGGAAGCUGCAGAGAGGUUGAUUCUGCAGCUAAUUGCCUCCACUCAGUCUGCAGUCAUGUCCGAAGAUAUUACUCAGAACACCUCAGGUGAUAAUGCUGGAUCGGUGGAAGGGGAGGAUGCGAAGAAUGAGACUGAUACUCCUGAGUGCAUUGAAGAUGAAACCUGGGUGCUUAUUGAAGAUCCAGUGUGUGCAGGUGAUUCAGCAGAAUACACGCAGCUGCUCUGUCGGUUAAAGUCCGUGUGCAUUGAGACUGUGGAAGACUUUUCCUAUAAUCCUGUCAGUGUGAAUGUCCGUACUAAGAGAAGAUCCAUUCAGAUUACAAUUGAUGUUUGCUCGAGCAUGGACAAUGAGACAAAAUGUGGGGAUGAGGCCAGUUGUGACAUGGACAUUGUAAAUGUCAAAUCAACAGCAGAGGAAGAACAGCUCACCACUGAAAUCCCAGAAGAUCACAAUGUGUGGAGUAGCGAGCCUACAGACAUAAAGGCAAGUACACAGGCUGAGAAAGAGCCACAGGGUGAAGCUCUCAAAUCCAGCACCACUGAGGUCACGCAAGACAGCACCCAAACUGAGCAGACCAGCACCGAGGAAAAGUCAGUUAUGAACUUUUUCAAAACACUUGUGACUUCAACCAAAACGACAAAAGAAGCGACGGCUAGUCCUGAUGUCUCAAAAGAACAGUCACAGAAAGAAACUCCACCAGCUCCAGCUGCAAAUGUACAGGAAGCAUCAAAGGUCCCCCCUCCUCCACCGCCAGCACCACCCAAGAUGGAGAGUAAAGCAGAGCCAGCUGUAAAGAAAGAGGAGGCCCCACCUGUAGAAGUAGCAGCCGCCACAGCCAAAGAACCAGAAACCCCCAGCAAGGCCAAAACUAAAGACAGCCCAUUUGGCAAACUCUUCCGUACAAAGGCAUUGCUAGGCAAGAAGGUGUCAAAAGGUCAGGUCUCAACAGCUGGUGGAGCCAGGGUGUCUGCCAAGACAUCAUCAGGGUCUGGGGUGAAGGAGGAAGCAAAGCCAGUUGAGAUGCAGGUAGAUGCAUCCAAGACCAGCACCCUUGAGGCCAGCGCCAAAUCCGAACCUCCUCCAGCACCCAAACCAGAAGAAAAGAAAGCAGAGAAGAAGCCAUCACCUUUUGCCAACUUGCUCAAACCAAAGGUACUGCUAGGCCAAGUGAGCUCUAAGAUCCAUGCAGCUGCAUCGAGCGCCGCAGCCGGCAUCUCCCUUGGUGCUGGAGGAGCGGCUACAGAGUCCAAGAAGGAAGCCCCUGCAGCCCCCACCGCACCCGCAGAGGCUGCCCCAAGCACCAAGACCAAAGAAGAGCCCAAAGCAGCUGCGGCUGCUGCUCCUGCUGCCGCCUCUGCAGACAACAAGUCGGUGGGGAGUACAGAUAAUUCUUCACCCAGCACCUCACGCAAACUAGAGAAGAGGAACUCCAUCCACCUGUUCUUUAAAAACCUGGGUCAGAAACGCCAUUCUGACGCCGGAGUGCAAACGGAGCCCGCGGCACCGGAGAAGGCCAAAUAAAAACCUUGCUUUGGUUUCAUCAUCUGCACAGAAAACACGCUUUGCUUGUACAUAGGUAUCCUUAUCUGAAUGUCCUGACCAGAGACCAGGGAUUAAUUCCUGUUUAAUCUCCACUACUGAGGUGAACUGAGAACUAAAGUAUCAUAAAACUGGCCAUUCCAAUGAUUCAUUACCAUUGCCAAGACUUCUUGGGUUGACCUUAAAUACUAUCAAAGUCACUUAGAAAAGGUUGGUUCUUUAAAGGUUUGCAAGAUGUAUGUUGAAAUGCAAUAGAAAGGCUUAAGGCUUUGCAAGUUUUGCAAGACUUUUAAAGAAAGUGUGAUGGAGAAGAGCUGAAAAAGGGAUUAUGCAACAGUACGAUAACAUGCUGUUCCUCUUAAACGGGAACAUUAAUGUAAAAGUCAACCCUGUCUAUAUAGUCACACUUAACUCCUCAAUAUGGUCUUUAUCACAUGCAGGAUGUAUUACAACCACUGUCUUGUUUCCAGCUUCUGUGUUUUUUUUAAAGAUGGAACAUCUGAUUUUUUGCACAUGAGUGCACAAUAAUCAUUCAUACGGCUGUAAAAACAAUCCGCAAAGACUUACUCAUUCCAUUAUGGCGUCUCAUCAAAACCUCCAAUGUCACUCACUUGUUGUUUGGUGGUAACAAUACUUAAAAUGUUAUCUUUUAAAACAUUCAGACCCAUUGCCCAUUGCUAGUAUGUCGUGCUAACGCAUAUUUUACUAACAUAUUAUCAUGUCACACUAUCGCAUACAGGCUUAAUUAUUGAAUAGGUUAGUUAUUAGCUUUUCAAAAUGGGCACUCCUUUUUUUUUUGUACUACUGAAAACAUAUGCUAUCUGUAACCAAAUCUUUACUAACUAUAUGGAAUAUAUUGAAAUUAGCACACUGUUCAUAUGGGGAAAAAAAUCCAUCUGGUUUCUCUUACUCUCUCUUACUGAAUUCUCAGUAGCUUUUGGUGGAUCCAGUUUAAUUGCUUUCUGUGAAAUGGUAUUGAGUAUGAGAAUUUCUGUCUGCUCUUACUGCACAUUUAAAGAGAAACUUUCCCAAUUUUACAUGUUCUGAAUUUUAAUUUUAUUUCUGAAUUUGAGAGACACAGACUUGCAUUAUUAUUAUUUUUUUGCUUGUAAUCAACUAAUGUCAAAAAAUGAAAUCUUCUGUCUCUGUAAUUGUAAUUAUGCAGUCUUUGUUAAUAAAAUGUAAGGGUACAACA